ACAAAAAAAAUGGCGAACCUUCUGGGAUGUUGUGGAAUCGGCGCCCGUCGGACCUCUGAGCGAAGGCCAAGAUACAUUAUUGGCCCAAACAGGGAGCGGGUGAGUUCCUAUUAUGACUUGGAAAAGCUGUCGCUGCCAAUUGCAAGGAGCAGGCGAAGGACAUCACAUGUGGAUAAAUAUUAUCCAGUAGAGAUCAUAGAAGAAUCAAAAGACGGUGGUUACUGCAAGGUUCAUUAUAAAGGAUGGCAUCAUCGCUAUGAUGAGUGGAAAAAAAAGGAGGACAUUAGAGUAAACAGGGAAUUGGAAACAACCAAUGGGAAAGUUGCAGAGCUGAAGAUUGACAUAAAAAAUUCACUAAGAUAUACAAAAACUGAUAGUAAGGUGUUUAUACGUAUGAAAAUGGACACCGAACAGUUUGAGCCUCUAAGGCAAGUUGGAAUAAUUUUCAAAGAAACAAGGAUGAAGACAAUUUUCACAAUUGACAGCAGACAAUCCUUAGAAAAAAUAUUUGGUGUGGGUUGGGAUUAUCUUGUCCAAAAUCAACACGGUGAUAGCUAUUAUAUAAAAACUGUAACUGUCAGAUUUUGGCUUAGACAGAAAAAGAACAAGACAGAAUUCAUCGUGUACCCCGACCACCUUGACAAAGUCGAAAUCCCACAGGGCACUGAACUCGUCUUUAGUUUCGUAAAAGUCCCAGGAAACAGUGGAAUGCUUGCGUCUUUCCUCAAUAGUUCACAUUUAUAAAGCAUGUCGUGAUGAUUUGCCUGAAGUUUGAACUAAUCAAGAAUCAUGGUUGUUUUAUCCUGUGGAGUUUUAUUUGGUAUACUUCAGAAACAUUUUUGGAACAAAGCAUUAAGUUACGACAAUAUGGUGGAAUAUCAACGAAUUUUACAAGAUCAGUGCGUAUUGUCGUUUGCAACAAAUGAGAGGCAUUUAAACACAUUGAGAGCGGAAUUAUUUAGACUCAAAACAAGGGGGCUACGUGCAAAGGUCAAAGGAGGAUCUCAGUUUAGAAAAUUUAUGAAAGAUAUUGAACAAUGUAAGUAUUCAUGGGAAGUACCUCUGCAAAGACACGAGUGUGAAGUUUUAUUACAGAAACAAAAGGAAGAAAUGGAAACUUUAAAGAAAGAAAAUGCAGAUCAGAAGAAAGAAUUAAGUACCCUAGAAGAGAAAUUUUAUAGUUAUAUCAAAUCCACAGAAAAACAGUCAAUGACGUCAGGAAAGGAUAAUUUGGAAAACCACACUAUUCCCAUUAAACGAAAACCAUUUGAAGACUGCACUCCAGCAUACCAGUCAAAAAGGAGGAAAUGUGAUGCGGCAGCUUGUAAGACAGCUCUGAGUUUCUUGGAACAGGAAGGUGUGAAACCAAUAUCUGUGUUAGUUUCAAGAAAUGGGAAAAAAAAGAAGUUCUCCAGAUCUAUGAGAGUGAGAAUAAAGAAAAUCAUCAAAAUGUAAGCAUAAGACAACUUGAUGACAUGAACACUCUGAUUUACAUACUUGAUACAUUAAAUGUAUCUAAAGAAGCGUACCACGAACUCAGUAUGCUGUUCAAAACAUUACCCCGCAGCACUGCGAUUCAGGAUUUCAUAUCCAAGAUAAACUCAAAUUUUCGAAUAAUUGAAACUCCUGAUGAGUUGGGUGUUCAGCAGUCAUUUAGGCAACAUCUUGAAGUAAUUUUGUCCCAUUAACUACUUGAAAACCCUA